CUGGGGCUGGGACUCGCUUUUAUGUCCAGUUCGGGGCAGGAAAGGGGGGGGCGGAGGGAGCGGGGGGGUUUCCGCAGCGUGGGCUGAAUGUUUUGAAAUAUUCAGCUUAUAAAAGGGGUCAAGAGUUCCCGGCACAAACAGCGCGGGAGGAGGAAACAGCCCGGCCCAGCUGCCGGCCCUGGCACCAGCCGCCGGGGAUUUUAAUGCCGAAGAACUUCAAGUUUUUGGCAAAAGAAAGCUCCGGCAAAUUCUAUCCCCGCCCUCCCGGCGUGGGGGGCCGGUCCCCGGAGGGUGCUGGGUGCCAGCUCAGUGGGUGCCCAGGGACACAGACCCGUCACCCCUGCCCGAGGGGGUCCCGCAGGGCUGGGGGGGAUGGCAGCCGCGGGGGCGGUGUCCGGGAUGCCGGUGGCCGUGGCAGCCCCGCUCCCUCUGCCUUUCUCCCCGGUGCCACUAAGCGGAGCCACCGCCCCGGCUCCCGCCCGGUGCCGGCGCCUCCCCGAGCUCGGAGCCCCAUCCCGGGCUCGUCCCCAUCCCCGGAGCCUCUCACCGCGCCCCGAGACCUCGCUGCCUUCCCCCCUUGCCGCGAUGGCCACCGUGGCUCCCCACGGCUGGCACCGAGCAGGGCUCCAGGGACACCCCUCGAGGGGCUGGCGCCCACCCUCUGCUCCUUUCCCUGCCCCAGGAGCUUUUCCAGCCCCGAGCUGCCGCGUUCCCUUUGUCCGGCUGCCCAGACCCCCCCAUCUCCCCGACCCCCCAGGCCAGUGGUCAGCGGGUGGCCGGACACACCGGCCAGGAGGGGGUCGGGCUCUGGGGGUCCCCGGGGCUCGGGUGUCCCUCUGCGGUGGUGGCUUCGCCUCCCCGCUGUCCCCACGUGCUGGUGGCACAGCUGGGCAGGGUCGGGGCAGUGUGGUGGCGUCCUGGGAAGGGGCUGAGCCCGGCUCAAAGCCGGGAUUUUCCGCAGGGAGAGCAGCUUAAUGGCAGCUUGCAGGGAUUCGGGAUUUCCGCGUUAAAAGCGCCGGGAGAUUUCUGCCCGCUUAGGGCCAAAAAUGGAACAAGGGCACCGUGGGGAGCCCGGGCUGCUCAGACCCGGGACAGGACCGUGGGAGGGUGGUUCGGGGGAACAGGGGAGUGUGGGGUGCAGGGAAUGGGGUGCAGGGUGGGAUGUGGGGUAGGGCACAGCCGGGAUCCUCUGCAGGGUCAGGACAGGGGCAGGUGGGGCUGGGGGCUCUGCCAGGAGGGGCUGGGAGCCUCCAGAAAGCAAAGGGAGCUGCACCCACCUCCCCAGGCCCAAAUCGGGGAGAGAAGGAUCCUGCUUGAGGAGUCCUUGGCACAAGGCUCGUGCUGGGGGUGUCCCUGGGGGCACUGGUGAGCGAGGGUCCAGGACUGCCCCGAGUCACCCCCUGAGGAGCCCUGGGGUGCCACGGGCAGGGCAGGCACUCCCCGGCUCACAGAGCCCGGGGGGGCUGGUAGAGCGCUGGGGCGGUGAAUUUUGGGGUCACGCACCCCCGUGGUGUGCCCCCCCCCCGCUUGGCCACCCCUCGGGUCCCCACCAGCCAAGGCAGGGGAGGGGGCUCUGCCUGCCAGAGGGGCCUGGGGCAGGGGGCACCCCCCGCAGCACAGGGGGGCAAGGGGUUAUCGGGGGCUCGGCGGUGGAGGCAGCCCGGGCUGGGGGCGGCCCCGGGACCCCCCCGGUGCCCGGGCACGGUCCGGGCUGCGGAGCGGUGCGGGGAGAGCUCGGUCCCGCCGCUGUCCCCGGCCCCGCCCGGCUCUUUGUCUCGCCUCGUUCUCCCCCCCGACCUCCCGACCCCCUCCCGACGCCCCCAGACCCCCAUCCCUGGACCGACGGGGGCUCGGCGGGGGCUCGGCGGCCCGGGAGGGGCCGGGGGGCUGCGGGGCGGAGCGGGGGGCGGCGGGCGAGGGAGGAGGAGAAGGAGGAGGAGGAGGAGGAGGAGGAGGAGGCGGCGGGGGCGGAGGAAGCCGCCGCUCCCCGCGCUCCGCCGAGGCAGGAGCAUCCCGGAUCCCGGGGACAUCCCCCCCUCGCCGCCGCUGCCGCCGCCCCCCGCCCCGGGGCCGCCGCUGAGGGUGCAGGCACAGCCCGGUGGGACCCCCGCUCCUGCCCAGGACCAUGAUCCCCCCCAAGGAGAAAGCCCGCGCCCCCAAGGACAGCAUGACGCUCCUGCCCUGCUUCUACUUCGUGGAGCUGCCCAUCGUGGCCUCCUCUGUUGUGACGCUCUAUUUCCUGGAGCUGACGGACCUCUUCAAGCCGGCCAAGGUUGGCUUCCAGUGCCAUGACCGGGCGCUCUCCAUGCCCUACGUGGAGACCAACGAGGAGCUCAUCCCUCUGCUGAUGCUGCUCAGCCUGGCCUUCGCUGCGCCCGCCGCCUCGAUCAUGGUCGGGGAGGGCAUGGUGUACUGCCUGCAGUCCCGGCUGAAGGGCCGCGCCGGUGCCGAGGGCAGCAUCAACGCUGGUGGCUGCAACUUCAACUCCUUCCUGCGCCGCACCGUCAGGUUUGUGGGUGUCCACGUGUUUGGGCUCUGUGCCACAGCCCUGGUGACAGACAUCAUCCAGCUGGCCACAGGCUACCACGCUCCCUUCUUCCUGACUGUCUGCAAGCCCAACUACACACUGCUGGGCACGCCCUGCGACGCCAACCCCUACAUCACCCAGGACAUCUGCUCAGGCACCGACAAGCACGCCAUCCUCUCCGCCAGGAAGACCUUCCCAUCCCAGCACGCCACGCUCUCGGCUUUCGCUGCCGUCUAUGUGUCGAUGUAUUUCAACUCCAUCAUCUCGGACAGCACCAAGCUCCUCAAGCCCAUCCUGGUCUUCGCCUUCGCCAUUGCUGCUGGCAUCUGUGGCCUGACCCAGAUCACCCAGUACCGCAGCCACCCCGCCGACGUCUACGUGGGCUUCCUGAUCGGCUCUGGCAUUGCCGCCUACCUGGCUUUCCAUGCUGUUGGCAACUUCCGUGCCCCAACGGAGCGUGUCCCGGCGCAGGCACCGGCCAAGGACGCGCUGCGGGCGCUGACGCAGCGGGGCCACGACUCCGUCUACCACCAGAACAAGUCGGUGAGCACGGACGAGCUGAACCCGCAGGCGCGGCUGGAGGAGGCGGCACGGCCGGUGCCGCGUGAGAAGAACUCGCUGGGCAGCCUGAAGCGGGCCAGCGUGGACGUGGACCUGCUGGCCCCGCGCAGCCCCAUGGGCAAGGAGAACAUGGUGACCUUCAGCAACACCCUGCCCCGCGUCAACACCCCUUCCAUGGACGACCCCGCGCGGCGCCACAUGACCAUCCACGUCCCCGUGGACGCCUCCCGCUCGAAGCAGCUCAUCACGGAGUGGAAGCAGAAGUCGCUGGAGGGUCGGAGCAUGACGCUGGCGGAGGAGGCGGCGCAGGGCCGGGCCGUGGGCGAGCCCGGCGAGGAGGUGCCCCCCUCGCUGUACCCCACGGUGCAGGCGCGCUCGGCCGAGCGGGCGGCCAUGGGGCCCCGCGUGCUCAUCCAGCCCCGGCCGGGCGCCUCGCAGCUGGUGCACAUCCCCGAGGAGAGCCAGGCAGGCGCCGGGGCCGCGGCCGGCAGCGGGGCGGCCGUGCGGGCCAAGUGGGUGAUGGUGGCGGAGAAGGGGGGAGCGCAGAGGGUGGCCAACCCCCCGCGCCUGAUGCAGGUCAUCGCCAUGUCCAAGCAGCAGAGCCUCGUCUCUGUCACGCCCAAGCACUCGGAGACGUCCUCGUCCUCCACCAGCUCCGACUCCUCGCAGUACCGCUCGCCCUCGGAGCGGGACAGCUCCAGCAUCAUCACCAUCGACGCCCACGCCCCUCACCACCCCGUGGUCCACCUCUCUGCUGGCAAUGGGCCCUGGGAGUGGAAGUCGGGGCCGAAGGGGCCGGAGGGGCCUGACACCUACGAGCUGGGUGAGGUGGGGAAGGAUUUCCACGGCUUCCGCCCAGCCAAGAGCGCCGGCGUCUCCCCUGGCUCCUCUGUCAGCGACAUGGAGCAGGACGAGCUGCGCUACGGCAGCCUGGCCGCCAUCCCGGGGGCAGCAGGGGGUGGUGGGGAGCGGGGGGAGGCCCCCCCCGAGGGGCUGCUGGCCACAGCCAGCCGCGACUCCACGCUGCGGAGGAAGCCGGCCGAGCGGGACGGGCCGGCGGACAGCGAGGUGGACCUGUACUACAAGAAGAUGCAGGCAGGCCGCAGGUUUAAGGACUGAGCCCCGCUGCCUUGCCGGGGCCCCACGGCCCUGCCCUGAUCUGGGGGGGCUCUGUGAUGCUGGGGUGGCUCUGCAGGGGAUGGCAGGAUGGGCUGGCUUUGCUCUGGACCAGCACGGCCACGCUGCUCCUGAGCCAGCUGAGACCCCUCUGGGACCCCUGGCAUGGGACCCUGCUCCUGCUCGGGCAGCUGGUGGGGCUCUGCCCCCCCAAGGCUGUGGGGCUGGGCAGCUCCAAGCACUUUUGACUUUCUUUUUCUCUCUAACACUGGUGCUGACAUUUCCAAGGGGUUAUUUUAUUCCGGCUCUGGAAGUGGAUGUCUGUAGGGGGGCGGGGAGGGACAAAUGGUGCUGAAGGGCUCUGGGGGGGACUGGAUUAAGGGGUUUACCAGGGGGAAGAGGCUGCUGUGGAGCAGCAGGCCCUAGCUCAUGUGGGGGUUUGGGGGUCCUGUGACACCCCCCAUCCUGCACCACCGGUCUGUGUCAGGGAGCCUGAGGGUGGCCAGGCUGGGAGGGGGGGUCUGCCCAGCGCCGUGGCUCUGGGCGUGAGAGGCUGUAAAUACUGCAGGGACUGGAGAGAGGGGGGUGUUGGGGUGGGGGUGCAGUGGGGGCUGAGCUCUGCCCCGGGAGGAGCAGCCCUGGGCUGCAGCUGAGUUUGGGGGGAGCAGGGAGGGGAUCUCCAGGCUGCGAAUGUCGGGCAACAGCUGGAGCUGCUGUGGUUUGAAAAGCAAAUAAACACGUGGAUGUUCC